ACUCUUUAAAAUUUCCCCAGUCACACAAAGCAAUAAAACACAACACAGACACUCCUCCUCAUUCUAUAUCUCCAUCAAUAUCCUCCACUUUUCUUCUCCUCCUCUCCUUUCCAAUUUCCUAUGGACUUUUCUACUACAACUCUUCUACUGAGUCUAGCCCAUCACCAAUGCCCCAAACUCUCUAGAUUAAGAUUUCAUUGAAUUUCACUUGCUUUUUUUUUCUUUUAAUUCAUGUUCCUAUUCCCAAGCAAUGAUCCUUCUUAUGCCCUUUUCAAAACUGGGGCACUGAUUUUUCCAUUUCUAAAUGACUCUGCAGUCUUCUUCUUCUUCAACUAACUUCAAUUCCUAUAAAAUUCUCCCUCUCCUCUGCCCAUGUAAAUCCUCCAAUCAAACCAACUACCACCCACCACUCCCUUUCUCCAAAAGAAGACGUAAAAAACUAAUCACCAACUUCACUCAACAAAAUCUCAGAAGAAGGUUUCUAACUUUCCAUGCUUGUGUCAUCCCAAACGACACUCGAAAUCGCAAUGUAAACAUUGAGCUUUCAAAGGGCACUAAGGGGUUUGUUUUGAAGCGAAUUUCUAACGAAUUGGAGACUGAAGAAUUAUCUCAAGAGCAUUCCAUUUCCAACUUCACUGGCUUUCAAGAAGACCCAAUCGUCGGCAAGUUAAGGACACAAUUAGGAGUGAUACACCCAAUACCAUCGCCUCCAAUUAAUAGAAACAUUGUUGGGUUAUUUGUAUUUUUCUUUUUUGUUGGUGUUGUUUUUGAUAAAGCAUGGAAUUCAAGAAAGAAAGAUAAAAGCAAUGAGGAAGGAAAGCGUGGUGAGGCGUGGCCGCAAGUGCCCACCAGCUUUUCUUUGUUUCUGGAGAAGGAUUUGCAGAGAAAAGAGUCUGUUGAAUGGGUUAAUAUGGUGUUAGGGAAGUUGUGGAAGGUUUACAGAGGUGGGAUUGAGAAUUGGCUCAUUGGGUUGUUGCAGCCUGUUAUUGAUAAUUUGAAGAAGCCUGAUUAUGUUGAGAGAGUUGAAAUUAAGCAGUUCUCUUUAGGGGAUGAACCAUUGUCUGUUAGGAAUGUUGAGAGGAGAACUUCUCGCCGUGUCAACGAUUUGCAGUAUCAAAUAGGCCUCAGAUAUACUGGUGGUGCUCGGAUGCUGCUAAUGCUGUCGCUAAAAUUUGGCAUUAUCCCCAUUGUGGUGCCAGUUGGUGUUCGAGAUUUUGAUAUUGAUGGUGAACUUUGGGUCAAAUUGCGGUUGAUACCAACAGAGCCAUGGGUGGGAGCUGUUUCAUGGGCUUUUGUGUCACUCCCGAAGAUCAAAUUUGAACUUUCACCAUUUCGUUUGUUCAAUCUAAUGGCAAUUCCUGUUCUCUCAAUGUUUCUGAAAAAACUUCUCACUGAGGAUUUGCCUCGACUGUUUGUUCGUCCUAAGAAGAUUGUUUUGGAUUUUCAAAAAGGAAAAGCGGUUGGCCCUGUUGCAAAUGAAUCAGGAGAAAUGCAAGAAGGAAACAGGGAUUUUGUUGGAGAACUAUCAGUCACUCUUGUAGAUGCCCGAAAACUUUCCUACGUCUUCCUUGGUAAAACAGACCCAUAUGUUAUUCUGAACCUGGGAGAUCAAAUUAUGCGCAGUAAAAAGAAUAGUCAAACUACUGUCAUUGGGCCUCCUGGUGAACCAAUUUGGAAUCAGGAUUUUCACAUGCUUGUUACAAACCCCAGGAAACAAAAAUUGAACAUCCAAGUGAAAGACUCUCUUGGAUUCACGGGUUUAACUAUUGGCACAGGAGAGGUUGAUUUGGGAUCUUUGCAAGAUACUGUACCAACUGACAAGAUUGUGGUUCUGCGAGGAGGUUGGGGAUUGUUCAGAAAAGCUUCUUCUGGAGAGAUUCUCCUUCGACUAACUUAUAAAGCCUAUGUUGAGGAUGAAGAUGAUGAUAAGAAUGAGGUGGAGCAUGUUGAUACAGGUGCUUCAGAUGAUGAGAUGUCUGAUUCUGAUGAAUCAAAUGCUAUCUAUGAGCCUAGUAGAAGGGGUUCUUCAAAUGAGAUGGAUAAAGAGUCAUUUAUGGAUGUUCUAGCAGCUUUGAUUGUGAGUGAGGAAUUUCAAGGAAUAGUGGCGUCUGAGACAGGAAAUAACAAACUUUCCAAUGAUGCCUCAGGUGCAGGAUCUGCUGGAUCACGCUCACAUACUCUUAAUGCUGAAUCAAUGCCCUCAGAUAGCAAUAACAGUUCUGAAGGUUCUGCUGGAUCAAUCUUAGUUUGGUUUGCGGUGAUUACAAGUAUAUUAGUUCUAAUUGCUGUCACUUUGGAUGGUUCAAGUUUCUUCAACCCUUGAUCCGAAUCGGUUGGAAAACAACCCCCUUCUCGCGUAUCAGGGAUGAUUUACGAAGUUCCCCCACCCCCCACAGUUCUUUCUCUAUGUAAAUUCAUGGUCUUCAGCAGAGGAAUAUUCUGUUACGGCAAGAAAGUUUUGGCUUCUCUAAUUUGAGGAAUCAUUAGUGUAAUUUACGUAGUAGAUCUAUACAUUGUUCAUAUAUGUGAAAACAAUUCAUUUUAAAUUCUAUCAUAACAAAUUUAAUCGAUGGAAUGAAUUGGCUUUCAAUCUAGAA